AUGUAUCAAACAGAUGAUUCAUUAGUUUCGAAGCAAAAUAAACAAACACGCAUAAUUUGUCUUAGUUAUCAACAAUCAAAAUUAAAAGAAAAAUUAAAAAAUCUUCAAUAUUUUAUAACUAAUUUGGGAUUCUAUAGACCAAAAAACAAUGCUAUGAUCAUCAACACUAUGAUACAAGGUUUUUAUAGUUCAGUAUUUCAUUUAAGAGAAAUGCCGAAAUAA